CGAGCUCGGGUCGUGGGCCAUGGCGACCUCCGCCACCUUCUCUUCCGCCUCCUCCUCCAUCCCCCCUCCACGUCGCCGCUUAGACCCCGCCACCUUCCGCCCCCCCUCCCCAUGCCCGAUCCCCUCCUCCUCAGGGCUUCUCUGCGCCGUCUUCCCCUUCUCGCCGCGCGCCAGACCUAUCCAACAACAGCAGCAGCAGGGGCGGCGGCGCCGGCCCCCGUGGAACGCCAAGAGGCUCCACCACCACCGCUCGUUCACCGCGCUGCUGCUCGCCGCCCGCGGCCCCAGAAGCUGCACCGGAGACGGAUAUGCCGUCGUCGGCGAAGAGGGGGAUGGCGUGGCCGCCGCCGGUGGGAGGGCCAGGCCGGAGACGCCCUUCUCCGCCGCGGGCUUCUUCAGCAGGAUGACGUUCCGCUGGCUCGACCCGCUCAUCGUCGACGCCCGCCGCAGGAGGCCGCUCGCCGACGCCGACGUCCCGGCCCUGGGCGCCGCGGAUCGGGCCGGGGCCAACUACGCCGCCUUCUCCGACGCGCUCGCCGACAGCCCCGGGAACCGGCCCGCCGCGGUCCUGCGCGCGAUCUUUGCCUGCUACAAGGGGGAGAUCGCCGUCUCCGGCCUCUUCGCCCUCCUCAAGGUGCUCUCCUCGUCCGCGGGGCCGCUCAUCCUCAAGGCGUUCGUCGACGCAUCCUUCUCGUCGUCUCCGGCGGCGGCGGGAUUCGGGUUCGGGCGGCGCGAGAGGUGCUGCCUCCUCGCCAUGGCGCUGCUCCUCUGCAAGUGCAUCGAGUCGCUGGCGCAGAGGCAGUGGUACUUCCGCACCCGCAGGGUGGGGAUCCAGCUCAACUCGCUCCUCUCCGCGGCGAUCUACCGCAAGCAGCAGAGAUUAUCCACAUUGGGGAGGACGAAGCACUCCUCGGGGCAGAUCCUGAGCUACCUGACGGUGGAUGCCUACAGGAUUGGGGAAUUCCCCUUCAGGUUCCACCAGACAUGGGCCACGGUACUCCAGCUCGGCAUCGCGCUGGCCGUGCUGUACAACAUGGUCGGUCCGGCGACGAUCGCAUCCCUGGCCGUGAUCAUGCUCACCGUCCUGGUCAACGCACCUCUCGCGAAACAGCAGCACCGGUUUCGGAGCGAGCUCAUGAAAGCACAGGACAUGAGGCUCAGGGCUAUGUCGGAGUCCCUCACGAACAUGAAGGCGCUCAAGCUUUACACGUGGCAGAACCAUUUCAAGAAGGUCAUACAAGGUCUUAGGGAGUCGGAGCUCAGAUGUUUGUCGGCAUUCCAGAUGGGGAAAGCGUAUACCAGUGUCGUGUUCUGGGCAUCGCCGGCACUUGUCUCGGCUGCAACAUUCAUGGCAUGUUAUUUUGUGGGGGGGCCACUCAAUCCUAGCAAUGUGUUUGCCUUUGUCGCGGCACUACGGCUUGUGCAGGACCCGAUCAAUCGGAUGCCGGAUGUCAUCGGAGCCACCAUUCAGGUGAGGGUCUCAUUCUCUCGGAUAACCGAGUUCCUUGAUGCACCUGAGCUGCAAGACAUUCUGUAUGGGAGGAAGCUUUGCGGUGAACAUGAUCAGUACUCUAUAUCGAUCAAGUCUGCAAGUUUCUCAUGGGAAAAUAAUUCAGAUAAACCAACCCUAAAGGAUAUAGAUCUGGAAGUGAAAUCUGGAGAGAAAGUAGCAAUAUGUGGUGAGGUUGGGUCAGGAAAAUCAACCCUUUUAGGAGCUGUUCUUGGAGACGUCUCAACCACAGAGGGCAAGAUCAAAGUUUGUGGGAAAAUAGCGUACGUCUCCCAGAAUGCAUGGAUCCAGAAAGGAACUGUGAGGGAUAAUAUUCUUUUUGGGUCCACCAUGGACAAGCUAAAGUAUGAAGAGACUGUUUGCCGAUGCUCUUUGAUCAAGGAUCUCAGAAUGUUGCCCUUUGGUGAUCUUACUCAAAUUGGGGAAAAAGGAGUUAAUCUUAGUGGAGGACAGAAGCAACGUGUUCAGUUAGCCCGAGCGUUGUAUCAAGAUGCAGAUAUCUAUCUUCUUGAUGACCCUUUUAGUUCUGUUGAUGUGCACACAGCGACAAGCCUUUUUAAUGAAUAUGUUAUGAUCUCUUUAGCCGAAAAGACUGUCCUCUUUGUAACUCACCAAGUGGAGUUUUUACAAUCAUUUAAUUCCAUCCAACUAAUGUGUGACGGAGGGAUAAAGCUUUCUGGUUCUUACAAAGAAUUAUUAGCAACUUCAAAGGAUUUUCAGGAACUUGUAGAAUCACACAAAGGUGUAUCAAAUCCUAUCUUUAUGGCCUAUGAUGAAAGGACCAAUAGCAAGCCCGCUGUGGAGAUCAGUGGUAUCCAUAUUAGUAGAAGGGUAGACAAGGCAAUGAAGCAUUCAGAAUGGGAUCAGUUGAUCAAGAAAGAAGAUAGAGAGAUUAGCCACACUGGCUUGAGACCUUAUUUGCAGUACUUGUUCCAGAAUAAGGGUUAUGUACAUGCUUCCCUUAUUGCUGUCACAAACUUACUUUUCAUGUCUGGACAAGUUGCGCAAAAUUCAUGGCUUGCUGCCAAUGUCCAAAAUCCUAAUGUGAGCACAUUGCGUUUGGUUAUGGUGUAUGUAACAAUUGGACUGGGUUCAAACAUCUUCCUGCUGUUCAGAGCUCUAUCAGCAGUAGGUCUUGGCCUUCAAACGUCAGAGUCUUUAUUUUCCCAUUUACUCUCCACUUUAUUCCGUGCUCCGAUUUCCUUUUUUGACUCCACUCCACUUGGAAGGCUACUUAGCCGGGUGUCUACAGACUUGAGCAUUAUUGACCUUGAUAUUCCAUUCAGUUUGGCUUUCAGUAUCAGUGCGACCCUGAAUGCAUAUGGUAAUUUGGGUGUGUUGGUUUUCGUAACCUGGCAAGUUUUGCUUGUCGCUGUGCCUGUCCUCCUCCUGUCUGCUAAGCUGCAGAGGUACUACUUAAUCUUUGCAAAGGAACUGAUGAGGAUCAAUGGUACCACAAAAUCUCUUAUUGCCAAUCACCUUGGAGAAUCGAUUUCAGGGGCGAGUGUAAUAAGGGCCUUUGGGCAAGAAGAUCGUUUUUUUGCUAAAAUGUUAGAGCUUAUUGAUAACAAUGCAAGCCCAUGUUUCCAUAAUUUUGCAGCAACUGAAUGGCUUACUCUACACCUGAAGAUAAUGAGUGUUGCUAUCCUUUCAUCAUCGGCCUUUGCCAUUGCUCUUCUGCCCCAGGGAACUUUUACCUCAGGAGUUGUAGGAAUGGUGUUGUCUUAUGGUCUUUCAUUCAACAUGUUAUUGGUUUUCUCUGUCCAAAGCCAGUGUUCUCUUGCAAACCAAAUUGUCUGUGUUGAAAGAUUAAGCCAAUACAUGAAUGUUGCAAGCGAGGCACCAGAUAUCAUUGAAGAUAAUCGUCCACCUGAUGAUUGGCCUAGCAUGGGUACAAUUGAACUCGUGGACUUGAAGAUUAAAUAUAGUCGAGAUGCUCCACUCGUUCUGCAUGGGAUCACUUGCACAUUUCGAGGAGGGGACAAGAUUGGUAUAGUUGGCCGCACUGGAAGUGGCAAGACAACUUUGAUAAAUGCAUUCUUUCGACUUGUUGAGCCAUCUGGAGGGAAAAUAAUUAUUGAUGGGCAAGAUAUUACAAAAAUUGGGUUGCAUGACUUGCGAUCACGCAUCGGUCUUAUUCCACAAGAUCCGACACUUUUUCAUGGUUCCAUACGCUAUAACUUGGAUCCGCUAGGGCAGUUCACAGAUGAACAGCUAUGGGAAGCUAUCGGCAAGUGCCAUCUGCGUGAAAUUGUUCAUGAGAAGAAACAAGGGUUGGAUUCACUAAUUGUGGAGGAAGGCUCAAACUGGAGCAUGGGCCAAAGGCAGCUGUUCUGCCUGUGCCGCGCGCUCCUGAGGCGAAACCGCAUCCUGGUCCUUGACGAAGCCACCGCUUCCAUCGACAACGCGACGGACGCCAUCGUCCAGAGGACCAUCAGGGCAGAGUUCAGGGACAGCACCGUCGUGACGGUCGCCCACCGGAUACCGACCGUGAUGGACUGUGACAUGGUGCUGGCUAUCAGCGACGGUGAGGUGGUGGAGUACGAGCAGCCUUGGAAGCUGAUGGAGAGAGAAGGGUCGCUGUUCAGGGAGCUCGUCAGGGAGUACUGGUCUCUCUCACCAGGCAGGAAGCUGACAACAUGAUUGCUGAGGUAUAUAGACUUACAAGAGAGAAAUGAGGACCUUUUUUUUGAACAAUAAUGGAAGAGAGAACUCUGCCUGGCCCGGGCAUCCGAAAAUGCACACAGUGACACAGCCAUGAAGUAUUAGACAUAAAUGAAUUGUCUGUCCUUUGAUCUGUCUGAGACUCUGGGUCGAGUGAAUAUGAAAUAGAGAGAAAUGAAAUUGUACAUGACCUUAACAAGAGUUAAUAGACAUAGAGACAUAGGCAAAUGGAGUGACAAAUCCUAGUAGUUCCUUGUUGAUUACACAUCAACUUCUCAGAGCCUUUUUGCCUUUUGGGCCCUGUAGCUGGUCCACUGUACGUGCCAGUUAGUGGGCCCCCGACAUUGGGUCGCUUUCUGGCCGUCCAGCCCAAUCAAUAAUGGAUCCAGGUCUCUUUCUCUCU